AUGUCAAGUUUUCCCCAGCUGGUGCACCGAAACCGUAGACGCCGCUCCAGAGAAUCAAGCAUCUACCUUGGAGUACGUCGAAGGCCAUGGGGACGUUAUGCCGCCGAAAUCCGUAACCCAUACACUAAGGAGAGGCACUGGCUAGGCACGUUCGACACAGCUGAGGAGGCCGCAUUAGCUUAUGACAUGGCCUCUAUUUCGUUUAGUGGGCUUGGUAGAGCUCGCACUAAUUUCUAUUAUCCUUUCAUCGCUCCUCCGUCAGCUCUGCCUCCACCUCCACCGCCGCCUCCAACACCGCUGCUAGAAGUUAGUGACCAAAAUUUCCUAGACCUAAGUUCCACAGACGAUGAUUCUGAAUCUAUGACGAUCGCCGCCAUUUUACAAAGCUUUCAGCAUUCCAAUUUGCACUCUUCUUCUAGUUCAGUUUUAUAG